GCUCGACACUGAUUUGACAUCAGUACUAAUAGGGCGGUCACAUAUCGGUUCUCCCUGAGGGAGCGUAUGCUCCCUGAGAAUCUGCUUUGGUCAUAUGAGCUGCACGUUGCAACUUGCAACCUGCAGCCUCCGACAGGCCGGCCAGCUGGAUGAGAAGACGCAUUAAAAUUAAAUGUAUCAAGACUAUUUGCUGCAUUCUAUCAUCAAUGCUGGACACUCUUCCUUGAUACCACUAUUUCCCUGUCUUUAAGCAAGGGUUGUGCAGUUGAUCGGCGCCACUGCUCAGAUGGCGACCAAACAACGGAGCGGCUACCAAACGGCCGACGAGUUUUAUGAGCAGUAUUACCGAGACCGUGCUCGAGAAUAUGAAGAUUCACAAACACCAGUGUUUGGAAAGGGGGGCCCUGUUUCCAUCAAGAAGCAGAAUGUUGGAAUACUGUUGGCGAUGGCAGCGGCAAUCGGGGCUGUUGCGUUUUGGAACAAGAACAGGAAAAACGGCACACGUUUAGGAAAGGAGCCUCGAAAACCGGCCGUUGCAAGGCAGGGAUUAAGCGCCGGGGAAGCGGCGGCCCGGGCGGCAGAGAGGCGAUUGUCUGGGCACGGAACUAACCAGUUGACCCCAUUGGGGAGAGCCCUAGCGGUCGCUCAGAAGGUAGAUGGUUUGGAGGCCGAGGCGAAGACGCUCGUAGAAAGUGUGCGAAGAGUUGGAAGAGUAGAGGAAGAUGUUAGCAAAAAGCAGAUCACGUUGAUCGAGCUGGUGACGCAGGCGCAAAUAGAGAUGGACGGUAUCCAGGUAGGAGAAAGUGGCCGAGCGGUCAAGAAGGCCCAGAUCAUUCGGAUGGAACGGAUCAUAGUGUCGCUUGAGCAGCUUGCGGAGACUGCGCAUAAGGGACUCGCACAGGGAGAGGUCGCAAGGAGUUCCGAGAUUCAAGAAGAACAAUCGGACGGGGGGCCCUCAUAGGUUUAGUACUUGAAGCUUUCGGCAUCCUUUGAACCGCCUCUUGCUGAUCGGAUUGACAAGCAUUCGAUGUCCAUGCCAAUCCAGGCACUGAAGCAGGAGUCGCAAGCGUUUCUCGUCACAACGGAUAAUUGCAAUCAUACCUCAAUCAGGCUUGCAGGUUCAAUGGUCUUCACAUGUUGCAAUUCAAGGCUGCGAG